AUGUCUAAAUUUAUAAAUGGUUAUAGGAUUUUUUUCCGAGUCACAAUCUUCUCUAUUUCUUCGUCUCAAAAUUCUAUUGAUUCUUCUUUCCUUCUUUUAAGACUCACUAUCUAUCUAUCUAUCUAUCUAUCUAUCUAUCUAUCUAUCUAUCUAAUGAGAGCUCAAUAUAAGAAUAGAUCAAAUAUAAGUUCACAUUUUCUAUCUAUCUAUCUAUCUAUCUAUCUAUCUAUCUAUCUAUCUAUGUUCUACCCUUUUUCUAGACUUUAUUCUUUAUCAUUUCCCCGUUAUCAAAUCACUCAUUCAUCCAUUCCUACAUAUUUUUACUGCUUAUACACUAAUUUGUACCUAUUUAACGCAACUCUCCGCAUUAUCAACAUCACAGAUGUUUCUCUCUCUCUCUCUCAUUCUAUCUAUCUAUCUAUCUAUCUAUCUAUCUAUCUAUCUAUCUCAUCCUAUUCAUUGUCUAUCUAUAUUAUCUUCAUCAUCAUCAUCUCUCUCUCUCUCUCUCUCUCUCUCUCUAUCUAUCUAUCUAUCUAUCUAUCUAUGUCACUCUUCAUAUCUAUGUCCUUACAUAUCUAUCUAUCUAUCUAUCUAUCUAUCUAUCUAUCUAUCUAUCUAUCUAUCUAUCUAUAUCUAUGUCACUCUUAUUUAUAUCUCUUUUUAUCUUCAUAUAUAUCUAGCUAUCUAUGUCAUUCUUCAUAUCUGUCUGUCUGUCACUCUUCAUAUCUAUCUAUCUAUUUUAUCUAUCUAUCGUAUUUCUAUCUAUCUAUGAUGCUCUCGUAUUUCCUUGAUGCUCUCGUUUACAACAUGCCUGAUGGUGUUCAUUGGCACUUUUAG